CAACAACCAACAUUUUUUGUAUUGCCUUCCUUUGGUCCAACCGACUCGACUCUCAUAUCCCAUCAACUCCCAUCCCACCAAUACCAACACCUACUCUCUUGUCCUUUCCUCUUCUCCAUUUAAUGCUCUUGUUUCCCACCUUCUCUCGUCGUAUUCAAUUCUCCAUCUUGACUGCCUUUCGUCGACCUACAACCUCUCUCCCAUUCAUUACCUCUCCCACCAGAAUGGAUCACGUUGGAGCAAAGAUGUCAUCCUUGACCCCCUUUGGGAAGAAACACAAAGUCACCGUCAUUGGGUCGGGUAAUUGGGGCUCUACCAUUGCCAAAAUGGUUGCUGAGAGUACCGCCGAGAACCCUGACCUCUUUGAACGAGAUGUGCAAAUGUGGGUGUAUGAAGAACAAGUCCAACUCGACCCCAAGUCAAAACACUACAAUGAAUCCUCUCCCUUGAGCAAAGGGCCCCAGAAGCUCACCCAAAUCAUCAACACCUACCACGAAAACAUCAAGUACCUCCCAGACAUCCCUCUCCCUCCCAACGUCAUUGCCAAUCCCUCCCUCACCGACGCCGUCAAAGACUCGUCUAUUCUCAUCUUCAACCUUCCUCACCAGUUCAUCAUGGGUCUCUGCAAACAAAUGAAAGGGCAUAUCCUCCCCUAUGCUCGUGGCAUUUCCUGUAUAAAGGGUGUCAACGUCCAUGACACGUCAAUCAGUCUCUUCUCCGAGACUAUUGGUGAGGAGCUCGGCAUCUAUGUUGGUGCUCUGUCAGGAGCCAAUAUUGCCGGUGAAGUCGCCCAGGAGAAGUUUUCAGAAACCACAAUUGCCUAUGCUCCCCCACCCAUUGAUUCUCGAGCUCCCACUCCCGCCACAUCUCAAGGUCCCAGUCCCGUGUCCAGCCACGUCGACCUGUCAAAGCUUGCACACAAGGACGUUUCUGGUCAACCAUCCAAGGUCAAGCUACGACCUCUCCCCUCCGAAUACCGUCCCAUCGAUCAUUACAUCCUGAAAAAGCUCUUCCAUCGACGAUACUUUCACGUUCGGGUAGUGUCAGAUGUCGCCGGUGUGUCAUUGGGUGGUGCUCUCAAAAACGUCAUUGCCGUCGCCGCUGGUUGGGUCGACGGUUUGGGCUGGGGUGACAAUGCCAAAGCCGCUAUUAUGAGAGUUGGUCUCUUGGAAAUGAGAGAAUUCGGCAAUCGUUUCUUCCCCCACACUGUCAACCCUGACACCUUUACCGUUGAAUCUGCUGGUGUGGCUGAUUUGAUCACCACAUGUUCAGGAGGUCGAAAUCACCGCUGUGCCAUGUUGAGUAUCAAAGAAGGAAAGACCAUUGAGGAGAUUGAGGAGCGAGAACUGAACGGACAGAAAUUACAAGGCGCAUUGACCGCCGUCGAAGUCAACACCUUCCUCAAGAGUCAAGGCGCCGAAAAGGAUUUCCCUCUGAUGACGGCGGUCCACAACAUUCUCAAGGGUAAUGGCAAGGCAGAAGAUCUUCCUGAUUUGAUUGAGCCUGCAGAUGAAUAGUUUGGUCCCCACGUAUGGGAAAACAUUCUGCCACGGCUCAAUCACAACGGGUGGGCCUCGUUCGUUUGAAUGAUUGUCUUGUUUUAGUCAGCACGAUGCAUGAUACCCAGGGAGAGGGUGGCGAUUGAUCAUGACCCUUGUAUGAUGAGCCAUGUUGGCUUGUUCGUCUAUAUCAGACAUUAGAAUGACAGUGGAUGAAUUGUAGAAACAGACUUGCCAUUGUUGAAUGAUGGAAAGUUUUGUGUGAGAGAUAUAUAGCGAUCGAACUCCACAUUAUGAUUCGUCACAUGUUUGGCUUUUGAGCGGAGUCGAAGGACAUAAAGUUUAAUUUUCAUAUAUUAUCCUCAACCAUAUCAAUCCUCGAG